CGGGCUCGGUGAGUGGAGUCGGACCGUGGAUGGGUGCCCUGACUGCCUUGACGGUUGCGCAGGGGCCUGCAGGACCGCUGGGGAAGAUGUUGUUAACGUAAAGAGCCAGGUUGAUGAGGAAGGUUCAUGAGUCCUUUGGGUAUAAGCGGGAGUUGGGGCGGCCGGAGGACAGAUGACUCAGAGAAGGGCAAGCACUUUCAGCUUAUAAGCCCAACCAGAUGAGUUGUCUGCAGUUUUGGAGGCCUUCAAAGCAUUUCACUAGACCUCUGUCUGUAUCGGUCCAAUGUCUUUAGCCAAGCUUUGAUUAAAGAUGACUUCCUUGUUUGCUCAAGAAAUUCGCCUUUCUAAAAGACAUGAAGAAAUAGUAUCACAAAGAUUAAUGUUACUUCAACAAAUGGAGAAUAAAUUGGGUGAUCAACAUACAGAAAAGGCAUCUCAACUCCAAACAGUUGAGACUGCUUUUACAAGGAACCUUAGUCUUUUAAAGGAUAUAGAAGCAGCAGAAAAGUCACUACAGACCAGGAUUCACCCACUUCCACGGCCUGAGGUGGUUUCUCUUGAGACUCGUUACUGGGCAUCAGUAGAAGAAUAUAUUCCCAAAUGGGAACAGUUUCUUUUAGGAAGAGCACCAUAUCCUUUUGCUGUUGAAAAUCAAAAUGAAGCAGAAAAUACCAUUCAAAAUGAGGCAUAGCGAUGACUUCUUCACGUGCUAUUUCAAAAAGCCUGUUUAAUAAAGCUUAAUGUUAAGGUGUAUGUAGGUUAUUGCAGGAACUUUAGGAAUUAAAUAUGUUCCUAUUCUUCCAUUAUCUCCUAAGUGGCAGUGAAGAUAU